UUUCGUUACGUAGUUUCGUACAUGUGACCAACUGUCAUGGCAGCUCCUAGCUGUAAAGUGUAGCUCCCUCUGUCUGUCUUCCUAAACAUUUCUGCCUCCUUAAGUUUCUGUAAACAUGAGGUAUCUCCUCGGACUCUGCCGCUCGUCCGUCCGCCUCCAUGUUCGCUCAUGUCACCAGAGCAUUUAUAGCAGACACUCCAACCCAUGGAGAGUGGGAGUGGACCUUGGAGAGAAGAGACUUGAAAUCUCUUCUGGGCUGUUGGCCAGAUUUGCUGAUGGAUCUGCUGUAGUGCAGCUGGGAGAAACCUCUGUGAUGGUGACUGCUGUCAGCAAAACCAAACCUUCACCAUCUCAGUUCAUGCCACUUGUUGUGGACUACAGACAGAAAGCAGCUGCUGCAGGUCGAAUCCCCACCAACUAUCUGAGACGAGAGCUUGGCACCACAGACAAUGAGAUCCUCACCAGCAGACUCAUUGAUCGCUCGAUCAGACCACUUUUUCCUGCUGGAUACUUUUAUGACACUCAGGUCCUUUGUAACCUGCUUGCAGUUGAUGGCGUCAAUGAUCCAGACGUGCUUGCAAUUAAUGCAGCCUCUGCUGCCCUGGCUCUGUCUGACAUCCCCUGGCAUGGACCCAUAGGUGCUGUAAGAGUGGGAAUGGUUAAUGGAGAGUUACUGGUUAACCCCACCAGAGCAGAGAUGGCAUCAAGCAGUCUAAACCUGGUUGUGGCCGGAGCUCCCAGCAGUCAAGUGGUGAUGAUCGAGGCGUCUGCUGAGAAUGUGCUGCAGCAAGACUUCUGCCAUGCAGUGAAGGUUGGAGUUAAACACACCCAGCAGAUCAUACACGCCAUCCAGCAGAUGGUGCGGGAACAGAAGGUCACCAAGCGCACUCCUACAAAGAUGUUCUCCGUCCCUAUAGAGAUGGUGGAACAUGUCCGGCGAUUAUCAUCUGAGAGGAUUUAUGCAGUUUUUACAGAUUACGCACAUGAUAAGAUUUCAAGAGAUGAAGCGAUCAAUAAAGUUCGACUAGAAACUGAGGAGGACCUAAAAGAGAAAUUCCCGCAGGCUGAGCCCUUUGAAGUCAUUGAAUCCUUCAACGCUGUGACUAAAGAGAUCUUUCGGGAUUUAGUACUUAACGAGUACAGGAGGUGUGAUGGGAGGGAGCUGACGGCUUUAAGGAAAAUUUCCUGUGAUGUUGACCUCUUCAAGCCGCUCCACGGCUCUGCUCUGUUUCAGAGAGGACAAACGCAGGUGCUGUGCAGCGUUACAUUUGACUCCCUGGAGUCCAGCAUCAAGACGGACAUCAUCACUACCGCUCUGAGUGGCAUCAAAGACAAAAAUUUCAUGCUUCAUUAUGAGUUCCCUCCUUAUGCAACGAAUGAGACUGGAAAGAUGGGAGGGCUCAACAGGAGAGAGCUUGGACAUGGAGCUUUGGCUGAAAAGGCUCUGAGACCCAUCAUUCCUAAAGACUUCCCUUUCACCAUCCGGGUCACUGCCGAGGUGCUGGAGUCAAACGGAUCCUCCUCAAUGGCUUCAGCAUGUGGAGGCAGCCUGGCUCUUAUGGAUGCAGGUGUUCCCAUCUCCUCUGCAGUGGCAGGUGUCGCCAUCGGUCUCAUCUCCAAAGCUAAUCCAGACAAACCAACGGAGAUCGAAGACUACAGACUGCUGACUGAUAUUCUGGGAAUAGAGGAUUAUCUUGGAGACAUGGACUUCAAACUGGCAGGAACAAACAAGGGCAUCACUGCUUUACAGGCUGAUGUGAAGAUUCCAGGUUUACCUCUAAAGGUAGUCAUGGAGGCGAUUCAGCAGGCCACAGUGGCAAAGAGAGAAAUCUUGGGCAUUAUGAACCAAUGUAUAGCAAAACCCAGAGAGAGGAGAAAAGAAAACGGACCUGUUGUUGAAAAUGUGCGGGUGCCUGUGUCUAAAAGAGCUCGUUUUGUUGGUCCAGGAGGGUAUAACCUUCGUAAGCUUCAAGCACAGACAGGUGUCACAAUAAGUCAGGUGGAUGAGGAGACUUUUUCCGUCUUUGCCCCGACACCGGGGGCAAUGAACGAAGCCCAAGACUUCAUCAAAGAGAUCUGCAAAGACGAUCAAGACCAUCAGUUGGAGUUUGGGGCUGUUUACACUGCCACAAUUACAGAAAUAAGGGACAUUGGUGUCAUGGUCAAACUUUAUCCCAACAUGAGUCCAGUCCUGCUGCACAAUUCCCAGUUGGACCACAAACGGAUCAAGCAUCCAAGUGCUUUAGGACUAGAGGUGGGACAGGAGAUACAGGUGAAAUACUUUGGACGGGAUCCAACAGAUGGAAGAAUGAGACUCUCUCGGAAGGUGCUCCAGUCUCCUGCUGCCACUGUUGUAAAGACGUUGAGUGAGAAGCAGAGUAUCUCCAUGGGUUCCAGCAGCAUCCACAGGAACGGCAGUGAUUCAUGACCUGGUGCCACUGCAGGGUUUUUAUAGGAAAUAUGGAUUCACACUGUGAUGCUGUUCAUGUAAAAAAAAAACAGAGCUUCUUUCUGUGAACUCAAAAAAAAGACUGCAGUGUGAAGAUGACAGGUGCUGAUUUACAAAACAAGCAACCUGGCGACAAUCUGCCUCAGAACGAGUCUAAACUUAAAGAGAAGUCUUGCUUCCCUUUUAGAAGAUGGUGUCUUUAAAGUGAUCUUUUUGUAUUUUCUCACUGCAUGAAACCAUUCAGAGAUCUGUUCCCCCUCAUCACAGACAAACAUCAUUUCCACUGUUCACACCUGAGUUACAAUAAUGGCUCUUCUUGCUUGGGAUCUUCAUAUUUAAUAUCCAAGUUUCUGAUGUGCUCUUAAAGGGUGUUCGGAUGAAAACAGUGAUGCAACCAUGUGGAAGACGUAGCAGAGGCAUUUGUCCUGUUAUGUUUAUAGUUUGUUAGUAAUCUGUAAAUAAAAAGUUUGCAGGUUCUUUAAUAGUACAAUA